AAGAUAACUGAGUUGUUGAGGAAAUAAUCUAACUAUCUUGGCAACUAGUAUCACAUACACUACCAAAUACUUCUCAUGGAUCCGUCUAAUUCAACAAAGCUGCUGCUACUAGACCAACUUCCUAGAGGAAGUUUUUUUGAGAACCUUGAUCUAUAUCAAAGAGAUGGUUUCUGGUACAGACCUCUUCACCUUGAAGCUUCCAUUGUUCUUCACUCACUAUUUGAAGCUCGCGAUGAUGAUGUUAUUUUGGCGUCCGCUAUGAAAACAGGUAGCACAUGGCUGAAAGCUCUCUGCUUCUGCAUCAUGCAAAGGCAAUUUGGUACUGUUGGUAACAAGGACGAGGACCUUUUGGCCAUACACCACCCUGCAUUUUAUGUGCAGACUUUAGAAAUCCAGGUUUACACUGCAAAUCCACCUCCAGAUCUCUCAGCUAUGGAGUCUCCAAGGCUCUUCCACACUCACUUGCCUUAUAGUGCACUGCCUGAGUCCAUUAAGAACUCUGAGUGCAAGAUUGUUUACAUAACACGCAACCCAAAAGACACUUUGGUUUCAAUGUGGCACUUCUUCAACAAGCUUAGGACACCUGAACAAGGUCAAUAUCCCAUAGAGAAGGCAUUCGAGAGCUUUUGCAAUGGUGUUUGCCAUUUUGGGCCAUUUUUCGACCAUGUUUUAGAGUACUGGAAUGAGAGCUUAAAGAUGCCUCAAAAAAUACUUUUUUUGAAGUAUGAAGAGCUACAAAGGAACCCAAAAGAAGAAGUGAAAAAACUUGCUUCAUUUAUUGGAAAGCCAUUUGCUGAGGAGGAAGAGGUUGAGGAGGUGAUAAGGAAGUGUAGCUUGGAGAGGCUGAAAAACUUGGAAGUAAACAAGAAUGGUGUGGAUCCAUGGGUUGGGAUGCCAAACAGUGCCUUUUUUCGAGCUGGGGUAGUUGGAGAUUGGAAGAACAUUUUAACCCCAGAAAUGAGUGAGCGACUCGAUCAAAUUACCUGCAUGAAACUGCAAGGGUCUGGCUUAGAUCUUGUGGAUGAUGCAUUAGAGCAUUGUGUUGCUUUAUCAAAUUAGACGUAUGAUGGAAUACCGCAUAAAUGUCUCAUGAGAGCUUUGUUGCUGCCUAACAUUUGAGAGUCCUUAUUGUUUA